GUUUGCAACCAAGACGGUCCGAUUUUGUGAACGUGAAUUGAAAAUAGGCUUGUUUUUGUGAUUAAAGUAUUCCACAAGCACUUCAAAGUGUAAAAAUGGGUCCCAAGAAGAAAAAGAAUACAGACACUACUAAAGUAUCGUCUAGUGAACAACCACAGCAGCAACAAGAACAAAAAAAUAAAACAGAUCGUGAUGACUCUGGUCCAGGUGAAGAACAGCAGCAGUCGAAAUCGAAAAAACAGCAGCAAAAGCAGCAAUCACAGCAAACGCAGCAACAGCUACAAUCGCAGCAGUCGCAGCUGCCACAAAAACAACAGAAACCUAAUAAAAAGCAACAACAGAAGGACGCUGGUCUGCAGCAACAGCAGCAGCAGCAGCAACAGCAACAGCAACAGCAGCAACAGCAACCGCCGCAAUGGCAGCAUCCUCUGCCAGGGCAGCAACCGUCGCAAGGACAGCUGCCGCCGCCAUGGCAACAGCUUCCUCCAGGACAGCAACCGAUGCAACCGCAGCCAUGGCAACAGCUUCCUCCAGGACAGCAACCGAUUCAACACCAGCCAUGGCAGCAGCUUCCUCCAGGACAGCAACCGAUGCAUCCGCCACCAUGGCUUGGCGGCCCAGGGCAACAAUCGAUGCAACCCUCGCCAUGGCAGCAGCUUCCUCCAGGACAGCAACCGAUGCAUCCGCCACCAAGGCUUGGCGGCCCAGGGCAACAAUCGAUGCAACCCUCGCCAUGGCAGCAGCUUCCUCCGGGACAGCAACCGAUGCAACCACCGCCAGGGCUGCAACCGAUGCAACCGCCGCCAUGGCAACAGCUUCCUCCAGGGCUGCAACAGAUGCAGCCACCGCCAGGGCUGCAACAGAUGCAGCCACCGCCAGGGCUGCAACCGUCGCAACAGCCGCAGCCACAGGAGCAACCGCAGAAACCACAUCAACAACAAAAAGAACCUCCAUCACAACCGGAGAAACAAAAAAAAAAAAAGGACAAAUCUAAAAAAGAACAGCAACCGUCGCUAAACUCUCCGGAGCAACCGCAGGACCAACCGCAGCAAACGCUGGAACAACAGCAACAACCACCACAACAGCAGCAGCAGCAGAAACAAAAGCCUAACAAAGAACAACAACUGCCGCAAAAGCCACAGGAGCAACCACAGGAGCAACUGCAAGAACAACCGCAGAAACCCCCGCAACAGGCGCAGCAGCAACCGAAACAAAAGCAGCCAAAACCUAAAAAACAGGAACAACAACAUGGACUAGGCCAAUCACCAGCGAGUGAGAGUGGUGGGGCAGCAUCCCGCGACCUAUCAGUGGUCUCAACAAAAUCGUCCAGUUCUGGUGAUGGCACCUUGGCUAACAUUGAGGAAAAUUUGGACCGGAUGCGGACCGAUAAGGAGAAGCUGCGGCGCACUGACCUGCGUGCCGUCUUGUGUCGUUCCGGGGCGCAUGGAAAACGCGGAAAACCCGUCACCGUGGAGGCGAACUUUUUCCGUCUUCUGAUCGAUAAGAUCAUCGGGACGGCUUACUACUACGAUGUCGCAAUCGAACCGGAUACGCCGAAAAAGUUCCUCCGCGACGUGUUCGCACAAUUCUGUGCGGCUAACUACCCGAACCAGCGCUUCGCCUACGACGGCCAGAAGAUAGCCUAUGCGGCCAGAAAGGUCCCCGACGCCAAAGGAAAGCUGGUGUUCCAGCCGAAGGAUGGGGGCAAACCUAAAGAUUAUACCGUGCAGGUCAAAAUGGCGACCACCGUCGAUCUGAACUCGCUGAAAAGCUAUAUGACGUCCAAUGUUAGCAAUUUGGCGAAACCGAUGAGCGCCAUCCAGUGCUUGGAUGUGGUGUUGCGCACCGCCUACGAGAACAAUCCCAACUUUGUGCGGUUCAAACGCUGCGUGUAUGCUGUGCCGCGCGAGCGGAUUGAUUUGACCAGUGGGCACGAACUGUGGUACGGACUGUUCCAGUCGGCACUGCUCGGUUCUCGUCCGUACCUAAACGUGGACAUCUCACAUAAGGCUUUCCCGUCCGGCGGCCCGCUGGUGCAAAUAAUCGCAAGCUUUAACAGGGGCAACGCGGACCGGUUGGAUAGCUGGGUCAUAAACGACAUCAACAGCUACCUUAAAGGCAUGGAUGUGAUGUACAAAAGUCCCGGUGGCGUUGCGCGUCGAAUGCGCUGUCAUGGAAUGCGUGAGCCGGCCAGCCAGCAACGGUUUAAGAUGGAAGACGGAACGCAGCUUACGGUGGCCGACUAUUUUCGCCAGAAGUUGAAGUAUACACUGCGAUACCCGAAUCUGCCGGUGCUGCACGUCGGCAGCAGUGUUCGCAACGUGUACGUACCGCCCGAGCUGUGUGAGAUACCGUCCGGCCAGGCACUGAACAAACAGCAUCCGGAAGCGUGUACGGCAGCCAUCAUCAAGUUUGCGGCCACCAGCACGGAUGUGCGAAAACAAAAGAUUAUGAAUCUUGUUCGUAGCAUCAACUACGGCCAGUGUCCGACGUAUCUAGACUUUGGCAUCGGAGUUGGGAAUGACUUCGAAAAGGUUCCGGCGCGUAUCAUUGAUCCGCCGAAUAUUGAGUACGCUGGAAAGAAAGUGGUGAAGCCCAUGCGGGGUACCUGGCGUGCUGAGGGCAUGCCAUUUAUCCAACCCAGCACGAACAUUUCGAGGCAGCCACUUCGCUGGCGUAUCCUGAAUCUCGAUCGGCAAACGAACGAAUCGCAGAUUGAAGCAUUCGGAAACAUGCUGUGCAGGCAGGCCAAAAGCUGCAACGUGCAGAUGGAGCCGUUCUCCAUGCGGGACACGUUCGUUCUCGUUCGCGACAUGCAAAAUUGCGUGCGUGACCUCAGCAAUAUACUUGCCAAUAUCAAAAAAGACAACCCGACGAUUACGAUCGUGGUUCUGCCGUUCCGAGGGGAAACUUACUCGAAAGUGAAGCAGAAAGCGGAACUCGCCAGCGAAAGAAUUGGUUUGCUAACGCAAUGCAUCAAGGCGUUUACCAUUCAAAGGAAAGGCACAGAUCUGAGCACUAUCAACAAUAUCAUGCUCAAGAUCAAUGCCAAAACAAACGGCUCGAAUCAUUGCCUUACGGAUCAAACCGUUCCACCGGCCUUCAGAGGAAAGGUGAUGUACAUUGGAGCGGAUGUGACGCAUCCGUUCAGUGAUGACGUGCCAAGCGUGGUGGGCGUUUCGGCCGUGUACGACCUCGUUGGGUUCCGCUACAACUGUAGCAUCCGGCUGCAAGGGGCCCGCGAUGAAAUGAUUCGUGACCUCGAAAACAUUGUGCAUCGCCAGCUGCUGUUGUACCGCGACUACAACAAAGACUUACCGGAGCGCAUUAUGUACUAUCGGGACGGUGUAUCCGAUGGGCAAUUUUCGGAGAUUCUCACGAUUGAGUUGCAGGCACUGCAUGCUGCGAUUGCGCGCGUCAAGCCAGGCUACAAGCCGGCGGUGUCGUUCAUCGUCGUGCAGAAGCGCCAUCACACCCGCUUUUUCCCACAGGCUGGUUGCCCGACGGAGGGCAAAAAUAACAACGUUCCACCCGGUACGAUCGUGGAUCGCGAGAUAACGGCACCGGAUCGGUUCGAAUUCUACCUGGUGAGCCAUGCGGCUGUACAGGGCGUUGCCAAACCGACCAAGUACGUGGUGCUGUACGACGAUUCGAAUUGCGAUCCCGACCAACUGCAGGCACUGACGUACAACCUGUGCCAUAUGUUUGCGCGGUGCAACCGGGCCGUGUCUUAUCCGGCCCCAACCUACUACGCCCAUUUGGCCGCAUACCGUGGACGGGUCUACAUCAAGGACCGCCGGAUCGACAUGAAUAAUUUGGAGGCAGCCUAUCGGAAUAUCCAGAUCAUUCCGGAAGUGAUGAACACUAAUCCAAUGUUUUUCGUCUAAGUUUCAUUAUCCUUUCAACGUUCUUUAGUUGGAUAUUUAACCCCGACAACACUUUUUUACAAUUCAUUACAUAUAUUAUUGCUUUGCAUCACACUAUGCAUUUGUUGUUUACAUUGAAUUUAACACCAUUAUCUUCCUCCUCUCUGCUGUUCGUUAUAUAUACAUGAUCUCAAUUAGAUCUACGUAUCAUAACUUUUUUGCUUUCUUAUGACUAUGGGAAUACUUUGAUUGAUAUCACCAUUAUUUCAUUUUAUAAUCAAACUAUAAUACAUAUAUGAUCAUCUGUAAACCAUAUAAAAAUUAAAAAAAAAAACUAUAAAUAAAUUUAGGAUUCGCUUCGGCGUAUC